GAACGUGCGGGUGCAUGCAUGUGUCGAGAGCGAGAAAGAGACCGAGUCAGCUGAUCCAUCCGUUAGCCUCCGUUGUUACCGUUAAUUUACCGACGCCGCGCCAACCCAUGGGAACUACUAAAACAUAUACUCGUACUGUUUGCUGCCACCCACUCCCCUCCGACCGAAAGCAAUUUCAAAUGUUAUUCGAUUAUAAUUUCUAAAUUUUGCAUGUGCCAAUAUAGAAAGAGAAAGCGAGAAAGUGUGUGUGUGUUCGUUAUGUGUGUGCCAAAUUAGUUGAAAGCAAAAGUUAACAGGAAAAACCAAAACAAAAUAAAAGAAUACAAAAAACAAAAACAAGUUGCAGAUGGAAAGCAACGCAUUUGGCAGCAGCCAUUUGCCAUCUCAAGCGCUUGUUGUUCUAUCAGAGGCCGCUUCCGGUUUGCAUGAGGCUCUACGUGGACAACGUCCGUUUCCAUCGAGAUUUUUCCCAUUUCAGUUACCUGACGCCAAAGAUCUCCACAACAUGUCACUAGUCGGCAACUACUUCCAUCCGCAUCUGCUGCAAACGCUCAACCAUGGAAUGCUGGUGGCCAACGGCGCCGCAGCGGCUGCGGCAGCCGCCGGUGCAGGUCCCGCGAGCUACUUUGCCAGCGACAGAUCGUCGUUGGGUAAGCCGUCGGGGCUGUCGAACUUCUCGCUGCCGCUGCCGUCGGCUUUCUCGCCCCCCAAAUAUAUUGGCAUAUCGUUGGAUCAGAAUCUGUUCAAUGGCAGCGAAUCAUUUCGCACGGAUUCGGCCAGUCCCACAUGCACAUCCCACGAAUCCAUGGAGGGAUCACAGGAUUACGAUGCCGUUGAAAAGGGUGAAAGUCCGCGCAGUAAUAAUUCUCAGGAUCCCAGGGAUUUGAGACAUCUGCAUAAUGCGGGGAAGGGACACCCGGCAAUGGCCACCUCGUCGGCCUCGGCAUCGGCAUCGGCCUCCAGCUCAUCCUCAAACUCAUCCUGCUCGACCAGCAAUUCGGCCAUCAGCACGCCAACCAGCAGCGUGGCCGUCUCGAUGGCCACCCAUCUGGCCUCCUCGCCCCAUCUGCAUCACACGCACUCGCAUUCGCACUCCCAUCCGCAUCAGCAUCAACAUCAGCAGCAUCAGCACUCGCAUUCGCAUCCCCAUCAUGGCCAUCAUGUGGGAGCGCCACCGGGAUCAGUGGCCACGACACACCAUCACAUGGCCCAUCCGCAUCCGUUGUCCCACCACCACGCGGCUCAUCAUGCGGCGCUGGCCAGCCUGAGCAUGGCCGGACUAAGGGCGGUGCCGGGCGGCCUGAGUCUGGUCAGUGGGUUGCAGGCAGCGGCAGCCGGCGGGGCCAUACCCGACAUGUGUCCGGUGUGUGGGCUCAAGCUGAGUCCGGAGGAGUGGCACACGCACUUCCUCACGGAGCUGGAUCGACUCUACAAGCUGAGUGCGGGCUUCGAGCGGGCCAAUUUGCAGGCCACGUACAUGUUUGCACCUCCCUGUCCGGCCCAAGAGAACGCCAUACGCACCAGUCACAAUCGCUGGGAGACAUUCCAGCGGAUACGCAACAAUCGCCAGAACCGCCUGAGACUCAAAGUGCGCAAGCGUAAAUACGGCGAAAUGUACAUGAUGGAGAGUCUCUACUGUAGCAGCUGUCCGAUCUGCAAGCGAAAGUAUGCCCUGGAAACGGGCAAGCUGCCCGAGGACGAUGCCAAGUCGCAGGAGGAAAUCGAGACGGUGGAUGUGGAGAGCUGCACGGAUGAUGUGCCCGAUUCGGGCUCGGAGCUAACUGGUCCCGGAUCGGUGGCUGCGGCCAGCGUCUCGACGAUACCCACCAGCAUGCACAACAGCAAUGCCCAGCCGGGCAAGCUGGAUGGCAUACUGUAUCGCACGGCCUGCGUGAUGAACCAGAAGGAUGUGCACGGCGACGAGCAGGAUGUGAGCACCAAUGUGACAACGGCCAGCAGCAGCAGCAGCAGCAGCUGGCCUACGGGUGAACCGCCUCAGGCACAUAUCAGUGUGAAAAACGUCAGCGAGCUGUCAUCUACCACACAUCACUACUACAACGCCGACUCCUGCGGCGUGGGCGUCAGUGACAACAACAGCAGCAGCGGUGGCGCCAGCAACAACAACAAGGAGCUAAUGAUGGACACAGCCUCGUGCCAGAACGAUAGCGAUGAGGAUGUGAUUGUGGAUGAUGAUGACAAUAACACCAGCAGCAUGAAGAUGACGAACAAAAUAAAUUACAACAAAAUGCAGCAGCAGCAGCAGCAACAGCAGCAGCGACGGCAGGAAGAGCAGAAUGUGGGCAGCAGCAGAUCUUUGGAGAACAUCUCACCCAUCGAAGAGCGUCCCCGUUCCGAGCCGCAGGUGAGCAGCACCGAUCCCGGACCCAUGGACAUCUCCCACAACAACAACAACAACAGCAACAACAACAACAACAAUACACCAACAUCGAAAUAUGUGGAGAGCAUGGAGAACAGCCUGUCGCAGCUAUCAUCGAUGGGAGUGCCGGGAUUAACGCAAUUGGACUCAAAGGUGGGAAUUAGUUCGGAUUUAAAACCGGACGAUGAAAACAAAUGUUUCAUUUGUAAGACAGGCAUAAAGGAUCUCAAUACGGAUGCGUUCCUGCGCGGUCGUAACUUUUAUUUUCAUCAAAGCUGUGCCAAUGUCAUGAGCAGCUAUCGCCUGAACAAGGAGCUGCUCAAUCAGGCCCAGAACCAACAGCAGCAGCAGCAACAGCAACAGCAACAACAGAGGACUGCAGCUGGCUCUGGACCGGGGGGCGAGGCAGCAGCAACGCCCCGAAGUUUGUCGCCAGCCCAGUCGCCGCAGCAGAGUGUGGGCCAGGCCAUGGAGUAGAGGUGUCAAAGGUUGAUAAUUGCAAUCAAAGCGUGAAUUUAUUAAAAUUAAUUAAUAAAAUAUAUGUAUUGUGCGAGUAUUUGUGGUAGCUAAUGGAGCAAAUUGGUAUGCAAAUUGGUGUUUAAUUGGGCAUAUCCCCAACCCUUCCUCACCCCCACCAACACCUCCUGUGUUCGGUUUUGCUCCCUUUUGACGUGUACAUUUAAUUUUGUUUUUCGUUUUGAAAUGGAAUUUCUAGUGCAAUUUAUGUGUUGCCUUUUCAAACUGUCUUAUAUAUGUAUGUACCACCCUUACCAUAUAAUAUAUCCGAUCCGUGUAUAUGUAAUAUGUAUUCGUAAUUUCCCCGAACGUGCUAUAAUUGUUAAAUAUUUGAUUGAUCGGAAGAAACAAAAACAAAAAACAAAAAAAUACAUACGAGAAAUGAUAAAUAGUUUCAACAGUAAGCAAAUAAUUAGUUGUAAAUUCUUAAGCCCAUAAAUUAUUUAUGACAAAAAUCAA